GAGAACCCGACGAAAGCCUCCAAAUGCCGAUACGUCGGGAUGUUUGUGUCCUGCCUUGCUGCCACUGGCUGUUGUAGAUUCCUUCCAAACCGACGAUUAGUCAGUCUCUCGUGGCUUGCCGUCGGGAUCGGGUAUGUUUUUGGGAAAGUCCUAGCGAAUCGAAUCUUCGUAAAGCAGUUGUCGGUUCCGUGAUAAAGUGCAUUCCUCAGCAAUUUGUUGUGGGUACAAACGUGACUUCCCCCUGUUGACGGUGGUGAUUGACGUGUGGGCUGGACGUCGUGGGCGUUGAGAAGCUGUUGCCUGUUGGUGCCAAAUUCCGUCUCGGAUGCAAUUGUGUCAUUGAUAGUUAGUUGGCCAGUGUUUUUCGGUGGGACGAACGGGAUUUGAAACUGUGCGCUCAGUGCAGCAGAGCAGCACCUUGUAUCGGAAAGGAUUGCCAAACCAGUGUCGAGAAAGUUUUACCAUUUUGUUUUUGUUUUAAGCGGUUAGACUGAUGACGAUGAUGAUCGUUGUGCACAAGGGAAAAUUUGGCUUUGGUAGAUUGGAGUUUUGAACGCAGUGACGAGCACCGGAAGACGAAAGCAUGCUGGAGAAGUAUUGAGGAAAUGAUGAUGAUGAUGAUAACGAUGAUGAUGGGUUUUUCGGAAAAAUAACGGAGAUGAUUAUGAUGCUGUUGUUCAAGUGAGGAAACUAAAAGCCUGGGCACUACUCAACGAAGCUCAGUACCCGGAAGAGAAAGAGGUGUUUUAUGAGUGUUUACGUGUAGUUUGGGCAACACAGGAAGAGUGCAUUCAGCUGAUGUAUGGUUCAUUGUUUUUGUGAGACACACAUUCGGUGCAGAUUGGAAGGAUAGUGUGGAUGCCUGCAAUCAAUUAAUUGCAGGAGUGCUGGUGGAAGUUUUUUUUUCAAUAUAUUGGAGAACUUCAGAAGACUGUAAUUCAUCGAACGGAACCAGGCGUGAAAAAUACAUACAUCAAUUACCGCUAGUUAUCGUCAGCCGCUGACCGGAUUUGUGGGAUCAGUAAGAACGAACCGACACCAUCGUCGGUAAUAAUUACAGAAACAGUCAAACCAUUACCAAGCCGGAGAAAUUCCUAGCAUCGUUUGGGCAAAUAAUAUCGUGCUAUUGGUGAUUGUUUCCCGAAAUAAUUAAUUUUCCUCUCGCCGCUUCGACUUACAUACAUACACCCCCUCACCCACAAGUGCAGCAUGUAUUUUCCCGUCAUGGAAAACUCUCCAACAUGACCACCAACAACAACGGCAAGCCGAGAAGAAGCAAAGUGUUGGCGUGCGCGUUUAUUACGCCUUCGAUCCGCAGCCAACCGUCGAAUCCCGGAGUUUGAAUGCUGCAGUGGAGUGCUGCGUGAUUGGUGUUCAACAGCUCGGAAAUUGGCGCAUAGUUAGCGCGCAAUAAUUAUAACAAUAACGUGAACCAAAAAGUACCGGGCCCGCUGCUGCUGAGAGGGGAUUACGUCCCGGCGUGGACAGAAAUUCUCAAUUCAACCACGGACCACUGGAAGCUGCUAGUGAAACCUUACAAUUAUGCUGAUAAUACACACAAUCAAAUUGAUUUUGAUAACUUUGAACAUUCUGCCGUAUCGGAUCACCCAUCGGAAUGUGCUGUUCUUGAUCUACCUGGGGACACUCGUCACACAUGUAUUCAUGGAUGAGCCGCGGUUCGCACAGCCAAUACCGAAUGUGACAGUGGCAGUUGGAAGAGACGCAAAUCUGCCUUGCGUGGUGGAGCAUUUAGGAACAUAUAAGGUCGCAUGGAUCCAUAUAGACCGCCAGAUGAUACUGACGAUACAUCGGCACGUAAUCUCCCGUAUCCCGCGGUACAGUGUCACUUACGACAACUCCAACACAUGGCUUCUGCACGUCAGUCAAGCCCAGCAGGACGACCGGGGCUACUAUAUGUGUCAAGUCAACACGAACCCCAUGAUUAGCCAGGUUGGCUAUCUGCAAGUAGUUGUGCCUCCAAAUAUCUUGGACAUCGAAAGCACACCGUCUUCUGUGGCGGUACGGGAAAACCAGAACAUCAACAUGACGUGUCGAGCUGAUGGAUUUCCCACUCCAAAAAUCAUCUGGCGAAGGGAGGACGGCCAGAGCAUCACCGUCGAGCGAAAAAAGAAAGUGAUGGUUUACGACGGCGAAGUGCUACAUCUGACAAAAGUGAGCCGAAACGAGAUGGGUGCUUAUCUCUGCAUCGCCACUAAUGGUGUGCCACCAUCAGUGUCUAAGCGGAUUAUUCUCGACGUUGAGUUUUCUCCAAUGAUUUGGGUCCCAAAUCAGCUCGUGGGUGCUCCUCCGUCGACUGACGUAACGAUAGACUGCCAUACAGAAGCUCAUCCAAGAGCGAUCAUCUACUGGGUGUACAAUUCCGUGAUGGUGUUACCGAGCAAAAAGUAUAUAAUCGAUUACAACGAAAACUCUUAUCGAGCCCAUAUGAAGCUGACCAUUAAGAAUUUAUCGACCGGUGACUUUGGGAAUUAUCGAUGCAUUUCUAAAAACUCUUUGGGGGAAACAGAAGGAUCGAUACGAGUGUAUGAAAUUCCAUUACCAUCCACACCGUCGAAACAAAUAACGCACGUUGUGGAACCGAAAGAAGCAGCGCCACCACGAAACGAAUCCAUUAAGGUCGUCCAACCCGAGGUGCUCUUUCCAAUUAAGAACGACGAAAGCUACGCGCAACGUUCGCCUAAUGGCAUCCCAUUUGAGCGCAAGGGCUUAGCAAUUGGGCAGAGCUACUACACCGACAUGCCACCGAAGGAUUUCGGCUUCCCGAACGCUGCUGCCUCAUUGCGAUGGAAUAGUAAAGUGUACUACACCGUUUUGAAAAUACUGAGCAUAUCAUCUUCACUCACUUAUUCGUACUGCAUCGCAAAUCAUUUGGUUCUGUAAAAUCGAGAAAGUUUUCCGCUGCGUUCCUAAUGGAGACUGUACAUUAUCAUGCAAUACUUUUAUUGUUACAUAUGUUAAGGGUACAUGAUUAUAUACUUUACUGGAUAAUCCCUUAUCUCAAUAGUUGUAUUAUUUCCCAACAAUCCAAAUUAAUUUCAACAUAUCAUAAGUUUGUACAUUGUAGCAAAGAAAUGCGAACGAGGCUAAGUAAGUGAUAUCAUAGUCAAAAUGCAUUAACUUAAAGACAGACAAACAAAACUGAAUUGCCAACUAAGACCCAUAUCACUCCCAGAAAUCCGAAGGACCCCUUUCCCAAUACGACUUCUGAAAUACAUACAUCUUUUCACUAGUGAAGCUGCGAGGCUUAGACUAACAAUGAACUACACGUUGCAGCUGAUCGAAUACUUUAGUGCAACUCAACUAAAGCAAAUAAAUAGAGAAAGAUGCGCUUUUUUGUUGUAGAAAUCAUUAAUUAGUAAGAAACUAUGCAUAUAUUUAUAUAAUGGCAAAUAUCUAGGCUGACAUAUCGAAGUGUAAGAUAAAAACUGAAAAUAUGAACAAAAUCGAAUCAAACCACUUGUUGAAUAAAUGUAGCAAAUGUGCAGAUGAUA